AUGGCGGACUACAGCGCUGAGCUCCGGGCGAGGCUCGCCGAGCUGGACCGCGAGCUGGAGGAGGGCGACAUUACCGAGAAGGGAUAUCAGAAGCGACGGGCUUUGCUGCUGUCGCAGUAUGCCCAACAUCCAACAACACCCGCCCCGGUCCCUCCGCCGUCUCGCUCCGGCCUGAGCAUACACUCCCCCGAGACCUCGACGCAUCCUUCGAGCGAUGGCCGACGAGCCUCCAUUAUGAUGACGCCCACGUCCUCGGCGAGCGGCGGAUACGCAGGCGGGUUUGGCGCUGGAGGCGGCUACCACGACCAGAGCAGCAACAACUACGGCGACUACUCACAGCGCCCCGACUCGAGCUACACCGCUGGGCCGCCGGGAUCCUC